GCAAAAUGGCGGCGCCCAGCAGCACGACAGAGCCGGCCCGGAGUCCGCGGCCGGCCGCGUGAGUAGGUAGUUGUCUGACAAGCAGAGGCAUGAGCUGGGCCCAAGUCAUCCUCCUGGCCCGGGGCCUGUCUCGGGGCUGGGGAGGCAUCUGCAGGGCCGCCCUCACAGGAGCCCCCUUCACUCAGGUGCCCCCCCAGGCCCCGCGGGGCCUGCACUGCAGCACAGCCGCCCACAGCUCCGACUCGUCGCUGGUCCCCCGCCCCCCCGAGCCCCCGCGGGGGCCCGCCAGGCCGCCGGCCCUCCACGAGGAGCUGUUCAGGCAGGCGCCGGACGGGGCGCGGGACAAGGCGAGCUUCGUGCGGGCCGUGCAGAGCUUUGGGCAACACAACGUGCACAAGCGCGGCCACGUGGACUUCAUCUACCUGGCCCUGCGCAAGAUGCGCGAGUACGGCGUCGAGCGCGACCUGGCCGUCUACAACCUGCUGCUCGACGUCUUCCCCAAGGAGGUCUUCCGGCCGCGCAGCAUGUUCCAGAGAAUCUUCAUCCACUACCCACGGCAGCAGGAGUGCGGGAUCGCUGUCCUGGAGCAGAUGGAGAACCACGGGGUGAUGCCCAGCAAAGAGACGGAGUUCCUGCUCAUUCAGAUAUUCGGCCGUAAAAGCUACCCCAUGCUCAAGUUCGUGCGCAUGAAGCUGUGGUUCUCGCGCUUCAAGAAUAUCAACCCCUUCCCCGUGCCCCGUGAGCUGCCCCAGGACCCUGUGGACCUGGCCAGGUUGGGCCUGCGGCACAUGGAGCCCGACCUCAGCGCCAGGGUCACCAUCUACCAGAUGCCUUCGUCCAAAGACUGGACGGGUGCAGCGGACCCCACCGAGCCGCACAUCGUAGGAAUCCAGAGUCCCGAUCAGCAGGCCGCCCUGGCCCGCCACAACCCUGCCCGGCCCAUCUUCGUCGAGGGCCCCUUCUCCCUGUGGCUCCGCAACAAAUGUGUCUAUUACCACAUCCUCAGAGCUGACUUGCUGCCCCCCGAGGAGAGGGAAGUGGAGGAGAUUCCGGAGGAGUGGAACCUUUACUACCCGAUGCAGCUGGACCUGGACUACGGGAGGAGCGGCUGGGACGACUACGAGUUUGACAUCGAUGAAGUGGAGGAAGGCCCAGUCUUCGCCAUGUGCAUGACGGGUGCCCACGACCAGGCCACACUGGCCAAGUGGAUCCAGGGCCUGCAGGAGACCAACCCAGCCCUGGCCCGGAUCCCGGUGGUCUUCCGCCUGGCAGGCUCCACCGGGGAGCUCCUGGCGCCCUCCUCAGGGCUGGAGGAGCCGUCCCCGCCGCCACCCGAGGGCCAGGAAGACGAGGACGACAAUCAGCAGCAGCGACAGCAGCAGGCCCAGAGCUGAGCCUGGGCGGUCACGGGGGCCCAGGCCACGGACUGGUGUGAAAGCAUGAGAUGACCUUUGAGUGUACAGCAAAUAAAGGUUUUCCGGCUCGCG